GAACGGCGUCGUUACGUUGUUUUUCUCGAUUAAUAACAUUGGAGACCACCGUCCACCACCAUGUCCCUCCUCUGGCCACUGUCCACCGUAACGUAUGUCGAAACUUCUCCAGUUGUCAGUCUUAUAGAAGUCUCUCCCAAACACGCAGAGGAAGUUCAGACCAUAAAACUUUCUGUUCAUCGUUAUCUCACUUCAACUUACCCAAUUUCGUUCAACGGUUUCCAAACGCAACCUUUCCUUUCAAAGCCCUAAAUGUUCCCUCCAGUUUCUUGCUUUCUUCCUUAUCGGACGUAUUCGACGCUCGUUCAUCAUCAGACCUGUUUUCCCUUUAAUUAGGUAGAUUGUCUUUCAGAAGUUUUCUUAUUAUCAUUAGCUGGAAAGAGCUCUGUUAGAAAUAAUGGGAAGUACAUUUAAUCCACAAAUAUUGAUGGAGAAGCUGACUAAGCUCAAUAGUUCACAGCAGAGCAUUGAGACUUUGUCACAUUGGUGUAUAUUUCACAUGAACAAGGCAAAACAAGUUGUUGAAACAUGGGAAAAACAAUUCCGAUGUUCCCCACGUGAUCAACGCUUAGCUUUUCUUUAUCUUGCAAAUGAUAUACUGCAAAAUAGUAGGCGAAAGGGUUCCGAGUUUGUUGGAGAGUUCUGGAAAGUUCUUCCGGAUGCACUUCAUGAUGUCAUGGAUAACACCGAUGAUUCUGGAAAAAAUGCGGCUUUACGCCUGAUCAAAAUUUGGGAAGAAAGAAAAGUUUUUGGGUCGCAGGGGCAAAUUCUGAAAGAACUUGUUGGAAGGCAUGUAGAAAGUAGUAACAGAAAUGAGAAGCACUCGGGGUUAAAAUUGCAACAGUCUGCUGGAAAUGCAUUGGAUAAGAUAGUGUCAGGGUAUCAAAUCAUUUAUGGAGGUCAACUUGAUGAAGAUGCUAUGAUUAGCAAAUGCAAAAAUACUAUCACCUGCAUUGAGAAAGUGGAGCAAGGAAUUGGUCAUGAUGUUACAUCUGCACAAGUUAAUGGUUUGGGUGUUGUGGAAGUGCUCAAGGGGCAUCAUGCUACAUUGAGAGAUUGCAUUGAGCAGCUAUCAUCUGUAGAAUCAUCUAGAAUUAAUCUUGUUUCUUAUCUGCGCGAGGCUCUUCAGGAGCAGGAAAUGAAGCUGGAUCAAGUCCGAAAUGAACUCAAGGCUGCACAUACACAAUCCGAAAAAACCGAUAAUUUCUGCCGCCAGUUAAUGAAUCCCAGUGCCACCAAAUUACUCCCGGAGCAGACCAUAACCACCACCACCGCCACUACCAAACCCCACAAUUACAUUCCCGGAACCGGAGAACAGUCUGCAGCGGUAAUGUACACACACCAAGUUCCGAUCACUGAGGAGGAAAUCACCAAAUCUGCCGCCGCCGAAGUGGCGGCAAAGCUCACCGCCUCCACAUCAUCCGCUGAGAUGCUCUCUUACGUCCUCUCUUCCUUAGCAUCCGAGGGCGUUAUCGUAAAUUCCACUACAGAAUCCUCCUCAAACAACCACCCUCCCGAAAAACGAGCCAAAAUCGAGACAACCGAUCACCACUACCAACCACCGCCACCAUCAUCUCCGCCACCUCCGCUACCUAUGCCGCCAAUGCAAGCUUACCCACUGCCACCGUUCAUGGUGGCGGUACCGUAUAACUAUAACCAGCAAGCACCACCGCCUUUGCCGGGGUAUCCCACCGUUGGGCCGCUAAUCAACAGUGGUUCUUCAUACACACCGGCGGUGGUGCCGCCACCACCUGGCGGUUACCAUAAUUAUCAAAUGGAAGGUGGGUACACUAGCCAACCGAUGGCACCGAUGUCUAGACAAUAGAAUUUACUCGGCGUAUGUAAUUGUAGUGUGAUGUUUCAUAGGACACAUGUAAACGUGUUGGAUAGUGGUUGGAGAAUUUGUUACAUUAGAAGGUUGAUUUUCGCACAUUGUUUGUGUGUAUAAAUGUUGUAUACUUGUAAGUUGCAACUUGUAAGGAUAGUUUUUGCUACUAGAAGAAAAUAUCCAACUUAUUAAUUUAUAUUUACUUAAAAUUACUUA